UAUAUCAUUCUCCUAGUAGCUUAGUUGAAUUUUAGUUAAAAAUCUUAAGACUUAUUCUGUGUGAAUCAAAUCAUUUGAGAUGUACAUGUAUGUGCCUGGAUUUAAUAAGUGAAGUAAGGAGUAAGGACUGAAGAAACACACAUAUAUCCUUUUGACUAAAGAGCAUAUAUAUUUUCAAAACAGAGACUAGUACAUAUAGCCUUUUAUGUGGUUUGAGUGUAGUGAUGAUGUUGUGGCUUCCAAGAUAGCCCACCAUUCCAAAGGAGAGGAAGGGGUGUUUUAUUUGAUUGAUUGAAUACAACGUUAACAGCCAGUGUUUACCCGCUCAUAUUUCUUAAUAUAUUUUCAUCUCCUGGAAGAAGUCGUCUGCCAAACCCUAGAUUGCAUGCAUGUAUUAUUCUAACAAUCUAUUCACUUCUACACAUUUGACUUCCAAACAAGCCCUUCCACCAUCUUAAACUAGUUUCUACCCAAUGGACUUGUGCUUGAAUUGUACUCAAAUAGCACAGAAGCCAGAUGAACCACCCUGGCAACUUUCUUUGAAUUUCAUUUACUUCUUCAUCCCAUACAUCCUAUAUAUACCCUAUAUAUCCUCGUCAAACUUUCCCCAUCACCUCUUAUUCAACGCACAUAUGUAAGCCCGAUCAUCAACUUUUGUUCAAUUCCUAAUGCUUCUCUCACCUGAUCACAUGCACACACCCACAAAAGCACAAACAUGGGGAAGUUAUCUUCUUCUACUUCUCUUGACUCAUCAUCAUCUUGAAUCCUUCAUCUGCUACUCAAGUUUACAAUGCCAUAAGAGUACUUUGGGAGCUAAACUUGACGGUCGAAUCAACUCCACCCGAGUGUUCCUCAAUGCAUGGGCUGCGGCAUGUGCUUUCACCACCGUUAUUUUUGUGCCAGAAUCAAGGAAGCUGUUUGCUUCACCCUGCUCUGUUUUCAGGCUAGUGAAGAAGCGCCUACCCAUACCACAAUUCCCAUUAAUGGAACCCUGGAGUGGUUCCAUCUGCAAUCACAUUCUUCUGAAAAUCUAACAAUUGGAUCAGCUUUGAAGGAGUUUGUGGCAUUUCCAUCUUGGGAGGGGCUCUUGACGCCAAGAGACCGGCCUUGUGGGCUUGCAAAGCUGCAGGAAUUGAGACAUUCCUACCUUCCUUUAUCUAUCUGUGAUUUCUUUAAGUGUUGGUGCACUCGUGGACUCCACGUAGGAUCACGAUAAUGGUCCAAUCACUGUAAAAUCUGAGUCUUUUUUAUUUAAUUAUUACUUCGUGCAUGUAACACAUUGCCUUUUGAGAGAUAUGCUUGUAUCAUUCAUUUUACCUAUCUGAUUUCUUUAUUGGGCUUCACUUAUUUACGUCAUUCUUCAAGCCCCACAGAACUCUCCAAACUACCAUUUUCAUCCUAUAAAUACCCCGUCCUUAUCGACUUCUCCUAUUCAACGCUUCUCUUCUUCACCUUACAACACGCUCCUAUACACAUGCAUAUUCUCCCAAUCAUCACCUCUUAUUCAACUCUCAACUCUCCUCAUCCCACACAUACACCCUUACAAAACACAAACAUGGGGAAGCCCUUGCACAUAAGUUUCUCUCUCUCUUUCUUCUUCACCUUCGUCUUCUUCAUCUUACACCCUUCAUCCGCUACUAAUGUUUACAAUGUCAUUAGUUUUGGAGCUAAAGGCGAUGGUCUAACGGACUCCACCAAAGCAUUCACUGAUGCAUGGGCUGCAGCAUGUGCCUCCAUCGCUUCCACCACCUCCAUCAUAUUUGUACCAAGAGGACGCUAUUUGCUUCGCCCUGCUGUGUUUGCAGGCCAAUGCACAAGAACCCGUAUCAUCAUUCUCAUUAAAGGCACCCUGGUGGCUCCAUCUGACUACCGCAUUCUCGGGAAAGCGGACAGUUGGUUCAGCUUUGAAGGAGUUAGUGGCGUUUCCAUCUUGGGAGGGGUCCUGGACGCCAGAGGACAUGCCUUGUGGGCUUGCAAAGCUGCCGGAAACCAACAGCAUUGCCCCAGUGGGGCCACGACCCUCAGUUUUACCAACUCCAACAACAUUAUGAUAAAGGGAGUGCUAUCAGUAAACAGUCAGAUGUUCCACAUUGUCAUAAAUGGCUGCAACAAUGUGCGCCUUCAAGGAAUCAGCAUCAAAGCACCCGAAAGCAGCCCAAACACAGACGGCAUUCACGUCCAGUUAUCGGCCAACAUCGCCAUUGUCCGCUCCAUCAUCAGAACUGGUGAUGACUGCAUAUCAAUCGGCCCAGGCACCCGUAACCUGUGGAUAGAACGUGUGAAAUGCGGUCCUGGUCACGGCAUUAGCAUAGGAAGCCUAGCCAAGGACAUGGAAGAAGAAGGGGUGGAAAAUGUGACAGUUAGGACGGCAGUUUUUACAGGUACUCAAAAUGGGCUCAGGAUCAAGAGUUGGCCCAGGCCCAGCAAAGGAUUCGUUAAUGGGGUCCAUUUCCGAGGAGCCAUCAUGGACAAUGUCCAAUAUCCCAUUGUUAUAGACCAAAACUACUGUCCUGGUGAUGAAGAUUGCCCUUCUCAGGAGUCGGGUGUAAAAGUGAGUAAUGUGACAUACAAGGAAAUUGAAGGGACAUCGGCGACUGAGGUUGCAAUCAAAUUCCAUUGUAGUGCUACGGAUCCAUGCACAUUUCUAAGACUAGAAGAUGUGAAACUAUCUUAUGUAAAUGAUGAGAGAGUGGCUCAAUCCUUUUGUAGAUAUGCAAAUGGAAAGGCCUAUGGCUUGGUCCAACCAGAUAGUUGUUUCUAAUUAUGAAAA